CUACACCUGUGUUGAAGUGAUUUUUACAUUACGUCGGCAGGUUGGUUUCUAUAUGAUGGGAGUUUAUGCCCCAACUCUGUUGAUUGUUGUUUUGUCCUGGUUAUCAUUCUGGAUAAACCCUGAUGCUUCAGCUGCAAGGGUGCCACUGGGUAUACUAUCAGUACUCUCCCUGUCCAGUGAGAGUAUGUCCUUGGCGUCAGAGCUGCCAAAGGUUUCCUAUGUAAAGGCCAUUGAUAUUUGGCUCAUUGCCUGUCUCCUUUUUGGGUUUUCAUCCCUGGUGGAAUACGCCGUAGUGCAGGUGAUACUGAACAGCCCCAAACUGAUUGAGGAGGAGAAAACUAAGAUGGCCACUAAGGAGAAAGCUUUGAAAGAAAAAGAAGGAAAGAAGCCUUCAAAUAAAACUAACACAGUGAAUGGGACUGGUGGAACACCCAUACAUGUCAACACUCUGCAGGUGGUUGAAACCCGCUGUAAGAAAGUCUGCACCUCCAAGUCGGACCUUCGAUCCAAUGACUUCAGCAUUGUGGGAUCUUUACCUCGAGACUUUGAACUUUCGAACUUUGACUGUUAUGGUAAACCAGUUGAAGUGACAGGGGCCCUCAAGUCCCAAAACAAAGCUAACAAGAAACCUCCACCACCCAAGCCUGUCAUACCUGCUGCUGCCAAACGCAUUGACCUCUAUGCGAGAGCCCUCUUUCCCUUCUCCUUCCUCUUUUUCAAUGUUGUCUACUGGUCAGUCUAUCUGUGAUGGGGAGGAGAGUGAAAAUAAAGUGGUUUGUAUCCUCAUACAAACUGACAUUACUGAUACUAACAAAUAGCAUUGCAGUCAUAUACUGAACUCUAUGUUGGUAAUAUUGAUUUCCAACAUUUCAUGUUUGCAGAGCUGCAGAGGCCACUGUGGUCCCUAAGAGUAACUGUAAAUUCACACAACUAAAAGCAUAAGGCUGUUGACUUCAGUCCUCUUUAAGCCCAUGCAUUAAAUAGGCACUGCAUGUGUGUCUCUGCCUGAUACAUGACAUUAUGCUCAAUAUGAACUAAACCUUGAUGUGGUUACAUCAAUACCUCUAUGCUGUACAUUAGAAAUAAAUGCUUUUCACUGAGGGUAAGAUUACUGGUAACACUUUAUUUUAAAGGUGUAGAUCACCAAAUAAAGCCAAUACCAACUAAAUAAGAAAUCAGAGAGUUAAAAAAAAAAAUUAAUAAAUAACUCAUAAAAUUAAUAAAUAACUCAUAAAAUAAUUACAUACUGUAUCACUCCAUUUCCAAACUUUUGAUGACCAGCUUCCUCAAGUGCAAUAGGUAUAUUAACUCAAGUUGCCAAGAGGCUGGACUCCCAGGGUUCCCAGGAUGCAACAAACACUCCUCCAUAAUAUAGAAGCAGAGUGUGGCUCAAUUUGGGAAAUGCUUAUAACUCAGUGACACACAAGCUGAUCGAUUUUGCUCAUACCAACCAGUCACCAACAUCAUAACCAAGUAUUUCAGUAGUUACCACAAGUGCUUCUCUUUAGAGGACUUAACAAUAGGGUUGUCAACAGCUGGAAGUCAGCAUUGCCAUGGGAUGCACUAUCUCUCCCAGACUUUUUUGGCCUUCUUUGAGAUAAUCCUCAUUGGAGCCAAGCAAGUAACCAGACAGCCCCAUGCACAGCAAAACUUCUCAAGGGCCUGGAUGAACAAACAAUAAGGGCAAAAUUGAAGAUUAAGCCUUCAUAAUCACAGAGCCUUUUAAUUAGGAAAAGAGUGAGAAAUGACAGUACAGCAUUCAUCGCGGGAGAAGAGGUGAUUCCACGACUGGCAGAACAACUUAUUUGAAGUUCUCUGAUGGACCGAUGGGGAGGUUGGCAUAGAAAGCAGCUGGCAGAUGGACUGGCAAAGAUUCACAGCAGCCAGCUCCAAGUGAAAUACAAAGUGUGAAAUUCCAUUAUCAGUAGCUAGCAGGAUUGAUGGUAACAGCAAUGCUUACUUCAGGAAGUGAGACUCAGAGAGAAGAGACUCAGUACCCUGGCAAGAACAUGUUGCAGCUUCCAGUGAAACCCAUCUGCCUUGGAUGUGGGCAGGAGAAAAUCUACCUUGUACUUAAACAAAAAAAAAAAAAGAGCGAAAAAAUGAAAAGUUUGGUGUUGCAAUAACAAUAAAAUAUAACAUGAAAAAUAUCAUAUGGAAAGGAGUAUGCACGAAAGAAAGAAAUGUCUUGCUAAGACAAGAAACUGAGCAUUUUAUUACAUUGGUGGCAGCAACACUCUUUUAUUUUAGUCCUUUUUUGCUCUUUUAGGGUUUCAUAGUGACAUUUUUAAAAUAACACCUAAAUGUCAGAACAACACCACUGUCUUCUGGGUGCUGUUGUCAAAAACCUUACCCUUGCCCUUUAACUAAUCAAGUGGCCCCAGCCUCUUAGCAAGUUGAGGAACUGCUAUUGAAUUUGGCCAGCUAGCUCUUGUCAAAGAAAAACAGUUCUAACUCUCUUUACAGUAGUUACUAGGAUUGAAUGCUCUAGUUAGCUAUGGAAUUAGUUAUGGAAUUAUGGCUUUCAUGUUUUCACUUACCUGCCUUAAAGACCGACUCACAUAACCUGCACAGAGGGUCGAUCACAUUUAUGGUGGAAGAAUUUUGCUCCAUUACCUACUGAGACUCCAUCUCCACCUGCUGCAGUAUUCACAUGAGAUCUGACAUAGAUAAGAACAUCUGAUCACAGAUUGCAUUUACAUGUUCUUAAUCUCAAAGUAAAUUUGAUAAACUGGGCUGAUGAAUGUGUCAGCAAACAUGGUGUGUUACAAGUGAGGGAAGUAAUGCUGCUUCAUGGUUAUGUAGGAAGAGCUAUUUGUAGAUUUGACUGACCUUUGAACUCAUUAGGGUGUUUUUUUUUCUUACGAAUGUGGUGAAACUAUUCAAAAGUAAUUUACAAGGCAGACCACCUGCAAUUUGACAGCAUUCUAAUUGUAAUGGGUUCUCUAUGCAUUUACACCUGAAUUAAAUGUGUUUUCUUGAUCGAGGUAAGACAUCCCGAUACUUGUCAAAACCAGUUGAAAAUGGGGUCUGAGACUCAAUAGAGUAUGCUAAUUAAUCAUCCCUAGUAACCCCAAAGGGACUUAAUUAAGGCCCAAGCAACAAAUUUGCAAGGGCCAAAUGAACCCUGUUUUCAUUUUCCAAUCGCAAUUUUGAGGCCUUCAGGAUGCGCAAAAACUCACAAAACUUUGCAUGCAUGUUUAAAGACCUAAGCACUUUGAUUUGAUAUCACAUUUGUCCACAGGCAUGCAACAGUAGCUCUCUAGCGCCCCCUAAUUACUUUUAGCACUUUUCAGGUGGUUGGCAUGCUCAGACGCUUAUGAAACUUGGCAUUCAUGUCAUAAGACAUAUAACUUAAUUUCUGAUGUGGGUCUUCGGUUUGGGUAUGGCAAAAUGGCUCAAGGGCACCCCCCUAGAAAUUUUCAAUGAAGCAGCCCCCACAUACCUUUUUAUGAAACAGGAUUGAAUCCCGUUUCACCUAAAAAUGUGAAAAUUUGCACAGAUAUGUAACAUCCCAAGACUUAAAAAAAAGUCUUGGGAAGAACCCCGGAAGUCCAAUAUUUUGACCAGAAGAUGAAAAUUUUAUGUAUUUUUGGCCAUUUCCAGGGGUGGCCCUUGAUCAAACUCUAGAGGCUUUAUCCGAUUGACUUUAAAAAGUUAAAAAUAAGUUAGACAUAUACAAAGUUAAAUUGCAGAGCUUUUUGAGUUGUCGUUGAAAGGUGUGCUGCCCUGGUCUCUCAAAGUUCGAUGAUUCACCAUGACACAGGAAGUUGCAUUAAACUUGCUGUAAUUCAACCAUACUUUGUCCAAACUGCAUCAAACUUUACAGUACUGUUAAUGGUCUCUACCUGCACACAUCCAUAUGUCAAUAUUCAUAAAACUGUUGUAGCGCCACCUACUGAGAACAGGAAAUGACAUAUUUUGUAUUUUGGCAUGCUUUUACUAGCAGGUUGACCCGAUCCACUUCAAAUGUUGUCAGGAAAGCCUUAAAGCCUUCAUGGACUUAAUGUGAAAAUUGUAGCAUUUCAUUGCAGGCCAUAUAUUCCUAUAUAUUCCUUAUAAUAGCUUUAUUCCUACUCUCUCUUCACACUAUAUUGCUUUUCCACCUCUGUAUUGCAACUGGUGCACAGCCAUUUCCCUCAGGAUAAAUAAAGUUUCUUGAAUCUUGAA